AACUACCAUCAUUGUUCCAAGGGACAGCAAAUUUUUCGUUGCAGUUUCAGUUCAGUUGUGUACUUAACUUUGCAUGAUAUCAGCCUUUCGUCAGCAAUCAAACCACCAAAUGUCUCUAUACCAUCAAUGUUCACUAAAACAUCAUCGGUUACAAAUAAAAACUGUUGGGAAACUUAUUCUUCUUCUUGUAUUCUUCUCUCUGGUUCUCUCACUGACAAUUCUCAGCAGCAAUCCAAUUUCAGAGAGGAAAGGUAAGAACAGUGGAAGCAUGGCCCAUUUUUGUGGUGCUUCCACAAACUAACUAUGGUAGAUAGUUAAAUACAUACGGAGAAUGAUUUUCUUCCUUCCAAGUGCAAACCUACCACUUGUCAAAAUGCAUGAACUCCUGGAUUGCCACUUUGAAGAAAAGGUUGUUGUUAGAUGAGCGUUAUAAGUUCUGGAGUUCUCUUUCUACCUCAUUAGGAAGUGGUCUCUAGUCUCUUUUUCUCAAGGGCAGCCAGACGAACCAGAUGAGAUCUAUGGUUCCCAUAUGUCAAUCUUAGGACAGUUGUCGCUUUUUUAUUGGACAAAGAAGGUGAAGAGAGGUUAGAAAUGGGUGAAACAGGUGACGAAUGUGCUCAUUGCAUAACUGAUAAAUGGUAUGAGGUAGAAUAUGCAGAAAAUGUGCUUGCCAAUAUACUGUCAAGGCUUCCAGUUAAGUCACUUUUAGCAUGCAAAUCUGUUUGCAAGCACUGGUGUCAGUUGAUAAGUAGUCAGGCUUUCAUUGAUUUGCGGCUACUGUGGUCUAAAAACCACUCCAUUUACAUAGUUUAUCCUUACAUGGAUAUGAUGAUGACAUUAUAUUUGGUGAAGGACGGUGAUGAAAUCACUAAAAGAAUUACCUUUCCGUAUUGUGACAAUCUUUCUCCCCUUGCCAUCAUUUGUUCCUUUGAUGGUCUGCUCUGUUGUAUCAACUAUACCUGGAAGGUGGACUCAGGCAUGAUAGUUGAGGAUGUAACUGAUCUGGAAAUCCGCAUCUGCAAUCCUGUCACUAGAAAGGCUCUAUUACUUCCGAAAGGUAGCGCAUCCGAAGAAAAACCUUCCAUUGGAGUUGCUUUUGGUCCACAGAUCAACGAGUACAAGAUAUUUCGAUUUUUCUGUGCCAAGCGCAUAUCUCUUGCUAAACGUCAAUCCCGUGCUAACCGUCGUCAAUGUGAGGUAUAUUCAUCGAGCACUGGAUCCUGGAGUGUUAUAGGUCGUGUACCUUAUUGUCCUAUGCAAUCUAGCCAUAGCCCCCUGGGGUCCAACCAUGUUUUUGUCAAUGGAAAGAUAUAUUGGUUCAUUGCUUCAGACGAAGAUCACAUGACCCCUGGCUCUAUCCUUACAGUUGACAUCGACGAAAACUUUGGAACUAUUGAGCUUCCGAAAGAGGUCACUGAACACUCAUACUUGGUUGAUCUUGAAGGCGGUUUAUCCCUAGUUGCUGUAUAUGAUGAAGAUGAGAUUGUGAAUAUAUGGAUUUUAGAAGACAAGGAUAAGCCUAAAUGGGAACUGAAAUGCAGUGAUCCUGUUCCCUUCUCAAAUGAUGAAUGUGUUGAGUUUGUAGUUGCAAGGGAGAAUGAAAUUUUCUUUAUAACUUCAAAUCAUUAUUAUAUUUAUGAUCUGGACCAGAGGUUUUGGAGGGAGCUUGAUUUGAACGACACUUCUGAAAAGAAAUUUCCAGUUGCUGUUGCAUACACAGAAAGCCUUCUCUCAUGUGAUGGACGCAUGGAUCCUCAGACAGAGGACAUUUCCAACAAAAGGAGCAUUUAAAUAAACAACUCUCUAAAGGAGCUUCAGAGGAUGAACAAACGUCUCCAACUGUCUUAUGUUCACCACAUGGAGAUCUUGCACCUUUCUCUUUGCCAUGAGCAGGCUCAUAACUUGUGAUCGUUUGUCAACACAGACGAUCCUUCUUCUGGGCAAUAAUGCUCACCUUCUUUAUUUUCAUGUUAUGAUGGUGUAAGGUUGUCUGUGCAUCUGUUUUAUGUCCGAUGACUUAUUUUAAUUUGACAAUAAAGAUAUCGGUGUUUAUCUUGGCAAAUGUGAUGUUACCUUUUCCCUGGAUGA